GUCCUGUGUCAAUUGUUUCUACUCCCAUGGACUCCAACCCCAGCUCGGAAGAGGUAGCGAGGAACUGGCUUGAGUCGCCUGCAGACAUCAUGCCCAUGAUUCUGCUAAAGCUAGGUGCCAUUGAUAUCCUUUCCAACGUGCUAAACGUCUGUUCUUCGUGGCGUAAGAUCUGCAAGGACGAUUUGGAGAUCAUAUGCAUAGACGCUGUUGACGUCAAUUUGUUGAUAUCAAUAUUGAGUUCUUCGACUCCGAUGACUUUCUCCUCCAUAUCUCUCGGAGCUCAGAUCAACUUAGAAAACUCCCUGUUUUGCGUUCCUUUAACAUCUCAGGUGAGGGAAUCAGUUGCCAUUCUCCCCAUUUUCUGUGAAAACUUCGGAAACUGUUGGAUGGUGUUGCCCUUUCCUGAAAUCUCUUAAGCUGAACUGUCAAGAGAAGAGAACAUAUGCUAUAUUUGAACAGAAGUUUUUCUGUUUUCUGUUUUCUGUUUCUGGAAGUGUAUAGACAACAAAUUUUGGACUGGGUUUCGUAUGAAUGUAGUUUUAAAUCUUCGAGCGCCCAUUCGGCUCAAUGACCAUCAGUAGGCUUCCAAAUAUAUAAGAUCAAUUAGCCCAAUCCAUUUCCAGGUUUCAGCCAAGCCAGGCCCACGCCUACCCAAAACCUUAUCCGUUGACAGAAAUCCAAUAGAACAAAGCCACGUAAGCAAGCAGGAUCUAAGACUGUAUCCAAAUCCACCAAUCUGAGGCCACAAAUUUAGCCCGUGGCUGAGUGGAUGUCGAAUUAGUACAACCUCUCAUUCUCUUCCUCUUAAAUCCAUAUAUCCUUCAAAUAAACAAACACAAUAAGAGGGAAAUCAAACAUCCGUAGGCGAAAAACUUGUCGUAAUUAGC